UCUUCGUGUAGUGCAACCGCUGCCUUGACAAUAGAUUUGUUUACUGGUGUGAAAGAUAAAGCGCCUUUUUCCCAGAUGAUCACUGCAUUGCUCUUUUCCCCCACUUACCAUUCGUCUUCCCAGGCACAAGCUGGCUGAACUCGCGAUCAUGGCCGGAAGCGACUCCGACUCCGACACAUCCUCCUCAGCAAUAGAGACGAAGUUCCACCAGGUUCUCGGGUGGUAUUCGAAGCUUUACUCUCGUCGUGUUGACAUUGUUGGCGACUAUGCCGGUAAUGAAUUGUUCUUGAUUGAGGGCGACUCUAUUCUGCUCAACUGCUUCUCCGACAAGCACCUCGACUUCGACCCCGGCUUCCAGUUGCUGCACGCCACCUAUGCAGUUGAAAAUUUCCUGCGUGGUCUUGUAUCACGACGUUGCAAUUUUCACGUUGCUUUCUUCGAAAACCAUCGUGAGCUGUGUGUGCCACCCUCUGCAUCGGAUGGCAAUCAGGAAAAGUAUCUUCUUGCUCGAGCGGUGAUCAUCCGCCACCUGAGUGUCAAUCUCAAAUCGGCGUACCCAGAUAUUGAGGUGCAUGUAUUCCCUUCCAUACGCUCAAAAGCGUUUGCAGAGUACCUCGAAGCCACGGAUUUGUACUUCAUCAUGUGCCACGAUGGCGCAUCGUCCAGAGCUCUACCCAAGAAGAACAUCACGUCAAAGACCCCCGACGCAUUAGAGGAUGAAUACCAUGAUGUUGUGGGGCAUGAGAUGCAAACGAAAACAAUAUACCGUUUGUUUAUUCACUGGUUCAUGGAGCGGGGGUAUAACGCUGCUUUGGUCAAUGGCCUUGAAUGGCGCGAUACGAAAGUCAUCACCACUGUCCUAGAAAAGCGAAUCAACUCAAGCCGGAAGCAGUCUCUUAGUGAGCGUGAAUAUCUCACGAUUCUGUGCAUCUCCAAGUUUGCCGUUCGGAAUGGAGUAAUGCACGAAUAUGGAUCUGCACUUCUAAGACAUACAGCUCUAUUAUCUGAACUUCCUAUCUCCGAGAGACGGAUAACGACUACAGAUUUACCUAAUAAUGCUGAGGCCUUUCUGGCCAGGUUCAGUGAGCUGUCUCGCACAAUCAUUGACUCACAGUCAUGGUCGUCCAAUAUUUCCAAAUUUUCAGCUCAUUGCGACAUCGCCGACCUCGUCGAUGGCAGACUCUUUGCUGCUUGUGUUCAUGACUAUCGAUGCGGCAGGAAUAUGCGAUAUAAAUUGCUCAUUGACGCCGUAGGUCUCGUGUGCGGAACUGAUUUAGCUUCUGCUGCAUCCAAUAGGAAAUCAGCAGCUGGGAAUCGUGCUGAACCCGGCACUAGCGCAAUUGUAAACCCCAAGGGAUACAAGGUUUUGCCCUUUGCAAAUAGCGUCUUCGACACACAUUUAUCUCCGGUUCAUUUAGCCGUGGACAGAUCUGAGGAGAUCACCGAUGCGACCUCCGCACAGAUAUUCCGUGAGGUGUCCCACUGGCACAACAGCAAUCGACCUAUUGAUUCUAAAGGGAGAGAAGAACACGCGGCCCGCUCUCAGAAGCAGCAAUUUUUCGCUCGUCGUCGAAACCAAUGGUUCAUGGCGGAAAUGAUGGCUUACGCUGGAAGCCUUACAAAUGCCAUUGGUAAAGUACUCGAUCCGGAGACUAUCACGUCUGGUGCCAACUCAAAAUUGGCGCCUCCUCUGCCAAGCGAAAAGAGGUUGGAGAAUGCCAAGCCAAAGGGAGCUCCCAAGGUCAACAAAAAGGAGGGAAUUGCCGCAUCUAAAAAAAGCAAAGAUGAAGCCAGUUCAGAGAAGGUGUUCCAAGGAUGGCAGACUACUUGUGCGGCUUUCGAAAGCGAGCCUCUCCCAGCUGUAAGAUAUCGAAGAGCGAAACAGCAUUUGGGAACUUUGAAUACAGAUUUUAAACUUGGACUCCUCGAAGCGGAAGUCAGGCUUUAUAUGCUCCAUGUCCUCCUUGGCAUGUGGAUUAUGCAUUGCGGAGACGACACCAAGGAACAGGGACUUCCAUUAGCGGCUCUUAUCUUCGAUACGAUCAGCUCUUUCUCAAAAGUUCGCGGCGCAGUCUCAAAAACGAUUUGCAACAACCUAACGGCCACCAUAAAAGCCCUCAAGCUACCUCAAUUGGAGGUUCCGGUGCCAAGUGGAGAUCGGGCAUUGGCUUUCAAUUUCGCCCUACGGAAUUCUGCCGUAACUAAUCUCUCCAUUCCCCUGUCAGCAAAACAGUUCCAAUUGUUGCAUUGUGGACCAUACUUCGAACGAAGCAUGGACUCAGCACCUGAUCACCGAGUUCCGUUUGAACCUGAUGGAUGGCAACGGAAAGUUCUUGACGAAAUUGACGCUAAGCGCAGUUUACUAGUCAUUGCACCAACCUCGGCCGGAAAGACGUUCAUCUCCUUCUACGCUAUGAAGCAGGUCUUAAAGUCCAAUGACGAUGAUAUCCUUGUUUACGUUGCCCCCACGAAGGCCUUGGUCAAUCAAAUCGCCGCUGAAGUUCAAGCACGCUUUUCGAAGAAGUACAAGUACGGUGGAAAAUCAGUAUGGGGUAUACACACUCGAGACAUGCGUAUCAAUAAUCCGACCGGCUGUCAGAUACUAGUAACAGUUCCGCAUAUCCUCCAGAUUAUGCUUCUUGCCCCGAGUAACGCCAACGCAUGGUCCAAGCGAGUGAAGUGGAUAAUCUUCGAUGAGGUACACUGCAUUGGCCAAGCCGACGACGGUCUCAUCUGGGAGCAGCUCCUGCUUUUAGCCCCAUGUCCGAUUAUCGCCCUUUCCGCCACGAUUGGGAAUCCGCAGGAAUUCAACGCAUGGCUGAUUUCUACACAGAAAGCUAUUGGAAACGAGCUGGUCAUGGUCCAACACCCUCAUCGGUAUUCUGAUCUCCGAAAGUUCAUAUAUAACCCGCCCACUCCGUUUACUUUCGAGGGCUUAUCAGAUUCUCGAGCCUUCGCUCGUCUUGGAUUGGACGGAUCUCGCGGCUUCACCUUCAUUCACCCAGUCGCAAGUCUUGUGAAUCGAGCACGUGGUAUGCCAGAUGAUCUUAGCUUCGAGGCUCGCGACUGUCAAAUGUUAUGGGAGAGUAUGUCGAGGCAUCAGACCCCAGAAUUUAAGGUAGAUAAGUCCCUGGAUCCAGCAAAUGCGCUUCCGAGUGUCAUCAGGAAAAUCGAUAUUAUCAAAUGGGAGGCUUCCCUUAAGACGCUGUUACGGGAAUGGCUCGCUAAUAAGGAUUCGCCUUUUGACAAAGUCAUUCAGGAUCUCGGUGGACCCCUUCAGACACUUGAGUCUAGGAAGAGGCAAGAACCUCAGGGGGAUGAUAUUGAGAAUGGCGACCCCGACAGAGAAUCCGGGGUGAAUGUAGAAACAACGCUUCCAUUGCUGGUUGAACUUCAUAGGCAAGAUGCACUACCGGGUAUUAUUUUCAACUAUGACCGAAGCCUCUGUGAGGAUAUUUGCCGAGCCCUGGUGAACCAAUUGGCGGUAGCUGAGACGGCAUGGAAAGAGUCAAGCCCGAAAUGGAAAGCAAAGCUAGAGGCCUGGGAGGCAUGGAAGAGGGCUGUGGCUAAGGCUGGAAAACGGGGACCACCAAAAGUAUCCAAGAAAAAAGGGGCCGGUGGAGACGACGAAGCCUUAUCUAAGGCUGAUCUCAUGCGAGACACUGCGAGCACUGAAACCAGUCCUUGGGUUUCGUUCAAUCCGGAGAAUCCGGUCGACGGCUUCCAUUUCGCCGAUUCAAAGAAGAUGACCCAAGAGGAGCUAGCCCGAUAUUUUAAAGAACUCAUUCGGCGUGAGGUCCCGGGCUGGUUGCUGGAUGCCUUACGGAGGGGUGUCGGUGUCCACCAUGCUGGUAUGAAUCGUAAAUAUCGUCAGGUGGUCGAGAUGCUGUUUCGCAAAGGCUUUCUACGUGUGGUGGUUGCAACUGGGACACUCGCUUUGGGUAUCAACAUGCCUUGUAAGACAGUGGUCUUCUCUGGCGAUUCGGUGUUCCUGACAGCUCUAAACUACCGCCAGGCAGCUGGUCGUGCAGGUCGUCGUGGCUUCGACAUGCUUGGAAAUGUUGUAUUCCAUGGGGUGUCUAUAAGCAAGGUGCAUCGACUCAUCAGCUCUCGUUUACCUGACCUCAACGGCCACUUUCCGAUCACUACCACGCUUGUCUUGCGUCUGUUUACACUUCUCAAUGAGUCGAAGAACUCACCUUUCGCUGUCCGCUCCAUCAACGCGCUCUUGUCCCAGCCACGACUGUACCUUGGCGGCGAGGAAUCAAAGAUGACCGUGCUUCAUCAUCUUCGGUUCUCCAUCGAGUACCUGCGACGCCAGUAUCUCCUAGACUCCAGUGGUGCCCCGCUGAACUUUGCUGGCUGCGUCAGCCAUCUAUACUUUACAGAAAAUUCAUCUUUCGCAUUCCACGCCUUGCUCAAGGAUGGUUUCUUCCACAAUCUAUGCGCAAAGGUCGAUAAGAAGACGGAGAGCGUCCUUCGUAAACUCAUGCUUACAAUGGCUCACCUAUUCGGCCGUCAGCAUUGCAGGCAAGCCGAUGAAGAAUUUGUGGAAGAGGUCGUGAAAAAGAGUCCAUCCGUCGUCUUCUUACCACCAAUCCCGAAGAAAGCAGCGAAGAUCCUUCGCGAGCACAAUGGUUCUACGUUGAGUAUCUUCACGGCUUACGUGCAGACUUUCGUUGAGCAGCAUGUCACAGACCCAGAUGAUGCUUUACCACUCACUCAAAUGAAGAUUGGGGGCGAUGCAAUCCCUGAGUGUGCGCUGUCUCUGCCGCGCUGCCCGCCAACAAAGGUCCGCUCUUCAUUCGUGGCUCUCUCUGGACAUGACGAUAAUUUCGAGUCCAUCCAUGACCUUUGCCAGACUUCUCGGUCCGGUGUAUUCCUCGAAGAAGCCGUCGUUCCAUAUGUAGGAUUGUAUCCCGAGGAGUCCGAGAUGCCUCUCAACGCCUAUUUGUAUGACUUCUUCAUGCAUGGAGAUACUACCGCCCUCGCUAAGGCGAACCGUAUCCGUCGCGGUGAUGUCUGGUUUGUCCUGAACGACUUUAGCAUGGUUCUUGCAACCAUUGUGACUAGUCUCUCGAACUUUAUGAAGCUCACCCCGGAGUCUGAUCUCGACUUUACGGAGGUUCGCGGUGAAGGUGACGAAGAAGAGGAGCGCCAAGAAGACAAAUUUGUGCCUGAUGACUCAGGUUACGAGACCGCUUCUACGACCUCCGUGCCUGGAAAGGGUGGUCCAGUCAAACAGGAUAUUGCUAUUCGGAACGUGAAAAAGAGUAAGAAGGUUGCAGAUUCUUGGGAUGAUGAUGCGGAAGAGGAAAUUGAAGAGGAGUUGGCGGCGAAGGAGACGGAGAGGAAGCUUAAGGCAGUGGAGCUGCAGGAUAAGCCGGCUUGGGAGGAGGGGGCUGGAUUAUUGAAUGUAUUGAAGGCGUUCAAGAUGUUGCGUGAGGAGUUUGAUACAAAGUUUAGGGCAAUGUGGGCUUGAUGGGUUGGUGUUUGGGUAACGGUUAUGGGUACGGUAAUUGGGGGCUUGGGCUAACGGUUGGGGGGUGGAUAAUGGAUGACCAUAGAUUGAAAUGCGAGGUCCCGACAUGUAGGAUGUGGAGCAUCUUGCGAGGUCAGGAAAUGAAAG